AUGGAGUCAAAUGAAGCAAGUCUCUCCAUCCUAAUGUUCCCAUGGCUAGCACAUGGCCAUGUCUUUCCCUACCUUGAGCUAGCCAAGAAUCUCACCAAACACAACUUCACCAUCUUCUUCUGCUCCACUCCCAUCAUCCUCCAAUCCCUCCCUCUCCCCCACCACCUCCCCAUCACCCUCAUCCCCCUCCACCUCCCCUCUCCGCCGGAGCUCCCUCCGGACCUCCACACCACGAAGCACGCGCCGCCACACCGCAUGCCCCUCCUCCGCGAAACAUUCCACGCCUCGAAGGCCGCCUUCUCCGCCAUCCUCGCCUCCCUCCGCCCCGACAUCCUCAUCUACGACGCCUUCCAGCCCUGGGCCGCUGAGGCCGCCGCCAAGUCUGAAAUUCCCGCCGUCCACUUCGCCACCACCGGCGCCGCCACCUACUCCUUCUUCUACCAUCCUCGCCUCCCUCCGCCCCCGACAUCCACCUCCACUCCCGCGAGCUGGAAGCCCUUCUGGCUGUUGGCUCUAAUCUCAGAGACAGCGACCAGCUCAGUGAGGGGUUUCCCCACUUCACGCGGUCCCGCGACGUCAUCCUGA